GAUCAAGCGAUGUGCGGCUAUUCAGCGGGGUGACUGCCGGUAUCGCGUCAGAGUCAAGUCAGCGUGAGAAACGCGACUGCCGCAGCGCCUGUUGCCGCCAGAGGCUCGAGGCUCCAGCGAAGGACGCCAAGCCUCGUCUUGCCAAUAUAGGCAGUCAGUCCUACAUCUGAUCGGCAUCAUCCUGAAAUCGCCGGCUUAUCGAGGCAGGCCUACGCAAAUUCGGUCUGGCCGAGUUCGCCGUCACGUCACGUCUGUCGCUUGCUCGUCAGCUCUUGCCAGCUCGCGUGCGACCUUGAGGACAUCACGACCUGGCGAGAGGCUCCAACGUAAAGUGUGAAGGCGCUCGCAGACAGCAUUGGCGCGACGUGAUCACGCCAUCCGCGCAAAAGGCGGCCCUUGCUGAAAGUGACCAAGAUGGCCGACAUGCAGAACAAGAUGCAGGACAUCUCCGUCAGGCUCUCCAAGGAGCGAAAGAUGGUCGAGGGCUUCCAGGCCAUGGCCAAUGCCUCCUCCAACCCAGACACCAAGCGAUCCUGCGAGGCAAAGAUCAAGGAAGGUCUCAAGAACGUCGAGUGGUUCGAGAACUCGCUCAGGGAGCUCCAAGCGCGUGCCUCGGAGAGCAGGAUGCGCUCCUCGUAUGAGACCGAUCCCAGCAUGCACAGUCGUCAGCAGCAGUCAUCAAGGCAUCACGGCACACCCACAGGCUCGACUUCAUCCCCCGGCAGCGAUUCUCCAUACAGCCGACAGAGUCAGGAUUAUUACCAGCGAGGCACAUAUGCGCGUAGCGAUCGACCCGGCGGAAGCGCAAGCAGCAGUUCUACAGCGCUUGCCUCUCAGGCUGGCGUGCCACAAGCAUCGUACGGCUCCAAUGGCGACAGGGCAAGCUACUAUGGACAGUCUGCAGGCUCCAGGCAGACGCUGCCUCAGCCACCGCCGGGUGCCCGUCAUGGUUACCAGGAACAUCCGGGCCAGCCAAAUCUCUACGCAUCGCAAUCGGCUUACGAGCCUGUAAAUCCAGCAUAUGGCCCGGAGGUGCCUGAAGCGAGCACAGCAGACGAUUUGCGAUCUACAAGAAGUAUCUACCGCAAGCCCCAAUACUCUGGCUUGGACCUCAUAAAAUCGGAAACGCCGCUCACGGGUGCAAAGAUUGCUCGUAUGCUCUAUCAGCUCGAGUUCAAACUGCAAACCGAGAAAGCAUACAAGCAAGGCGUCGAUAAGAUCGCCAAGCUUUAUCAGCUAGAAGGCGACAAGAAGAGUAGGCAAGAUGCUGAUGCAAAGCGAGUAGAGAGUGAACAGAAGAUCUUGCUCCUGCAACAAGCCCUGCGUAGAUAUCAGUCUCUCAAUAUCAUGGCCGACGUUGACGACGAUGAGAAUCAGCAAGACGCGCGAGACAAUCUCCGGAAGCCACUCACGGGUGCACUACAGAUAUCCAUCAAAUAUGCACGCGAUCUCGGACGGGCGCCGGUAGCCUCAAAGCGCUCAAAGGCAAAGACCGAGUCUGUCGUCGUCGUAAAAGUCGAAGAUACACCGAGAGCACGGACACAUGCAAGCAAGAUUGACAAAUGGAACGAGGAGUUCGAGAUCCAUGUCGAUAAAGCCAACGAAGUCGAAGUGACCGUCUACGACAGCCGGCCAGGCGAGAUACCGAUUCCGAUAGGCAUGCUCUGGAUACGUCUGAACGAUGUCGUGGAAGAGCUCAGACGGAAGAGGGUGACCGAGGAUCCCCGUUGGGUGACUGCCAAUCGCGUCGAGACCGAUGCAGCCCAAGCAACCAGCCCAACAGCCUAUACCGAUGGCAACGAUGUCGCCGCUCUCGAUGUUCCUGUGGCAGGCUAUGGCGCCAACGGGCAGCAAAAGCAGGGCUCUGGAUCGAGCGGGUCAGGCGAGGGCAUUACGGCUUGGUUCGCAGUAGAACCAGAGGGCGCCAUCUUGCUACAUCUUCAGUUCGUGAAGAGCAACGUCAAGAAGCGCCCACUAGAAACUGGCGGCCUCGGUCGUCAAGGUGCGGUUCGAAAGCGGAAAGAGGAAGUGCACGAGCAAAACGGUCACAAAUUUGUCCAGCAGCAAUUCUUCUCCGUCGUGCUCUGUGCUUACUGUCGAGGAUUCCUCAACAAUGCCGCCGGUAUGCAGUGCGAGGACUGCAAGUACGUGUGCCAUCGCAAGUGUUUCCACAACGUCGUCACAAAGUGUAUCUCCAAAACCAACGCAGAGGCUGACAAGGACGAAGAUAAGAUCAAUCAUCGUAUUCCGCAUCGGUUUGAGCCUAUCUCGAGCAUCUCACCCAAUUGGUGUUGCCAUUGUGGCAUGGUACUGCCGCUCUUCGGUCGCAAGCGAGGUCGCAAAUGCACCGAGUGCGACCUUACCUGUCAUCAAGAUUGUGCGCACCUGGUCCCUGACUUUUGCGGCAUGUCGAUGGUCAUGGCGAACCAGCUGCUCAAGUCUGUCAAGCAGAUCAAUAUCAAUCGGACUCGCCAAUCGCAAUACCCAAGCGAUCUUCAGUCUACGCUUCCGCGUCGCCCAGCUCGUGAUCAGGUGAACGACCUUGACGGUGGCAUGGGCCGACUACAGCUCACAGGCGACGAUGGCCAUCGUCAGCAUCAGCGACAAGAGUCACAAGAGACACUUGCUUCGGGGCGCAAGCCCAUCUUGCCUCCUAUUGCAGUAAGCUCAGCGCGUCACUCCCUCGCUUCGCCUCCGCCCAGUCCGACAAAGCCUUUGGGUCCCCGCGAGCAAGGCUACGUUCCGACACCGCCUGCCAGAGAGUCUUCAGGCUCGCUUGGAUCUAUCAUCGGCAGCUACGCGGACGAUCCACCCGCUCUUCGAGCGGGAACGCAGCCUCGCCUUAGCCUGCAGACCGAGCUUCCAACCAUUCAAAGUCAGCCACAGCGAACGUCAGCCACGACGCCUCUUCCGGCUCAUCAAGCAUCACCCGCACCUUCUGUCACCGCACUGAAGCAGAGGAAGCGCAAGGUUGGGCUAGACGACUUCAAUUUCCUCGCAGUGCUGGGCAAAGGCAACUUCGGUAAGGUCAUGCUGGCAGAAGAGAAGCACACGAACCAGUUGUACGCCAUCAAGGUGCUCAAGAAAGACUUCAUCAUCGAGAAUGAUGAGGUCGAGAGUACCAAAUCAGAGAAGCGCGUGUUCCUCGCAGCAGGCCGGCAGCGUCAUCCCUUCCUACUCGGUCUGCACUCUUGUUUCCAGACAGAGACGCGGCUUUACUUCUGCAUGCCGUAUGUAAGCGGAGGUGAUCUCAUGCUGCACAUUCAGCGAGAGCAGUUCUCGCCUCGACGAGCCAAAUUCUAUGCUUGCGAAGUGCUCAUGGCUCUUGAGUACUUUCAUUCGCAAGGCAUCGUCUAUCGUGAUCUCAAGCUUGAUAACAUCCUCCUGACGCUGGACGGUCACGUCGUGGUUGCCGAUUAUGGACUCUGCAAAGAAGAAAUGUGGUACGGUGCGACGACUGGCACAUUUUGCGGCACGCCCGAAUUCAUGGCGCCAGAGAUCAUUCUGGACCAGCGAUAUGGUCGUGCAGUCGAUUGGUGGGCAUUCGGCGUUCUGAUCUACGAAAUGCUGCUUGGCCAGUCGCCGUUCAGAGGAGACGACGAGGACGAAAUCUUCGAUGCUAUCCUGGAAGAUGAACCGCUCUAUCCGAUUCACAUGCCUCGGGACUCCGUUUCGAUCUUGCUCAAGCUGCUCACACGCGAUCCCGCACGACGACUUGGCGGCGGCCCUGAAGACGGGGCAGAGGUCAGGCGGCACACGUUCUUCAAGGACGUGAAUUGGGACGAUGUCUAUCACAAACGAAUUCCACCUCCCUUCUUCCCCAAGAUCGGCAGUGCAACGGACACGAGCAACUUUGACUCGGAAUUCACAAACACGCUCAGCGCAGCGGACCAGAAGGAAUUUGCAUCCUUCUCAUGUAUGUCUCUUGCUCUCAUGCUGAAUGCAUGCCAAUUGCACGCGACGAGACAGUCGAGCGUUGCGCAGCCGUGCUACUACACACCUGGCACAUUGAGAGACGACAGACAGCAAGACAGGGAUGCUGCCAGCACAGCGCAACAAAGUGGACAUCAGUUCGAUGACGGAGGAAGAACAGAAGCUCUUCAGGCUGGACCAAACACGCAUGUCGAGCGAGGCUCAAGACGAGAGCCGGCGCAGGAGCGAAAGUACUUUGACAGCGGCGACUACGCACUCUCAAAGGCGGGUAAAGCACCUCAUGCCGCGGUAGGCACAGCCAUACCAAGUCCCGAGGAUAUCCCACAUGCCAAUAAUCCGACGUCGCCCGUGCCUGCUGCACAUGGCAAUGGCGGCUUAUCCGUCUCACCCAACACGGCGGUCUCGUCACCUCAGAAGAACUAUCCUGGCGGAGGUAUGGCCAUGUCACCGCCCAAGUUUCAAGGCGCGGGCUUCGGCUCGUCAGCUUUCUCGCCGACGAACGGCAGUAGCUUGUCCGGCGAACCGACGCGACCCGAGCAGCCCGGUACUGCUCUACCACCUCGAUCAGUCGAACAGAGCAUGUCAGAGCGAGCGACAUCAGUCUCGAAGCCAGCGUCAGCCAGGCCGGAGCCGACCGAUAUGGCAUUCCCUAUGGAAGAAUGA